GCAUUCAAAACAUAGGCACACAGGGAGAGAGAGAAAGAGGGAGUACAGAAGCAAAGGGUUAGCUCAGUCAUAAAUAUAGCAUGCAAAUGCUACCCCUUUAUUUACGCUCCUACCUACAGAGAUCUCCAUCCUCCCCCUCCCAUUUUUAAUCAUCACUUCUACCCUUACCUUCUCUCUUAGGCAACUAUCAAACACCUUGUGUUUUUCGCCAUGACCACCAAGAAAUCAGGCAGGAAGAUGAGGGGCUUCAUGUGCCAAUCUACGGCAGCAACUGCAGUAUGCACAUUGAAUGAUCCUCGCUCGGUGAUCGUGCCAAGAAGGCCUGAGAGAACCCUCCAGCAGCUUCUUGAUAAUCCAUCAUCAUCAUCCUCAUCAUCAUCAAGAUUAUUAUUGAAGAAAAGUACUAAUAAUGGUGUUGAGUACUCUAGACUUGUAGAGUCUCCAAUGAGUUUUCUUCCACCUGCAGCUGCUGACAGAUCAUCAUCACUUCUUGUUUCUUCCAUCAAGAAAAAAGAGAUCAAUAAUCAUAAUAACAGCCAAGAAAACAGACCAAAACCUAUGCUGCAGAAUCCAACUUCAAUGGCUUCAUCUGACCAAGUUUUCCAGGUGGUUGUGAUGCGAGUUUCUCUUCAUUGCCAAGGUUGUGCUGGUAAAGUAAAGAAACAUCUAUCUAAAAUGGAAGGAGUAACAUCAUUCAGCAUAGAUCUUGAGACAAAGAGGGUGACUGUGAUGGGUCAUGUAUCACCUGUGGGUGUUCUUGAGAGCAUUUCAAAGGUGAAACCAGCUGAGUUUUGGCCUUGCUCUUGAAUUAUUAAUUAGUGAUCAUUAAGCUCAUCUUCUAGCUACCAAUUUAUUAAUUAAUAAAUUAUUGCCUUUGCUUUAAUUAAUUUGGUUGAAAAACUGUAUCAUGUGGAUAUUUUUGUUUCUUAAUUGCUUUUUUUUUUAAAUGAAGAGAAAUAUCAGAAUAAUUUUUUAUUUUUUAAGUACCAUGAAGAUAUAUUGAUCUUGAA